AUGGAGAGCCAACCAGAGGACCAACCAGUAGUUACUCCAAUGGAUCUAUUUACUGAAGCCCUGAGGAACAAUGAUUCCACACAGUCAAUAUCCUAUCUGUCAGACCCAGUCUUCAGACUGAAUGUAUCCCUGGGUGAAUGUCUCAUUGAAUGUGCCAAAUAUGGUAAUCUGAUAGCCCUAGACUUCAUCCUCAACCUCCAUAACCGAAUCCAUCAAUGUUUGAGUUACACGGAUGAAUGCAACAAGCGUGCUCUUCACCACGCAGCCAUGCAUGGACCCCUUGAGUGUGUGGUGCGACUUGUCCGUGCGGGGUCGACAGUCAACUGCUGUGACAUUGAGGGUUACACACCCCUGUUGUGUGCCUGUCAGGGAGGCAGGGCUGAUAUUGUACAGUACCUAGUCAAAGAGGGGGCACAUAUCAACUCGUCUCGGUCGUAUAAAUUUGGAGAGACUGCUCUGCAUAUUGCAACAAAACAUGGCCAUGCUGAGACCGUGUUGGUCCUGCUUGAAGGCCGUGCCGACAUAAACGCCACCACCAGGAAUGUUGAUGGUAAUGGAGGACAUACCGCUCUACACAAAGCGGCAAACGGCGGACACACUCAGGUUAUUGAAAUUCUGUGUAUGAGGGGUGCCAUACUGGACUGGAAGGACUCCAUGGGUAAAACUCCAUUGCAUGUAUCGGCUGAGAAGGGAGACAUUCUCAGUGUGGAGGUUCUCAACAAAUAUGGAGCUCCGAUAAAUCUCCAGGAUGAGCGAGGUAAGACGCCGCCACUAGCAGUUCGAGAAGGCUACCCAGAGAUUGUCAAACUCCUGGUCCGGUGUGGCUCGGAUAUUAAUAUGAGCGACACAAGAAGCCUGUCACCGUUACAUUCAGCAAUAGCAGUACUGAACUACGAGAUUGCCGAGUCUCUGCUACAAGCUGGCGCUGUCGUCAACUGUCAGACAAAUGACACACAGGAAUCGCCUCUGAUGGUGGCUCUCAGCAUGGGUCGGCCAGACCUGGUGCAGCUUAUGCUGAACAAUGGAGCAGACGUGAAUCUCUGUGACUUCAAGUGCUACUCUCCGCUACAUCGGUCACAGACAAUUGGAUACCCAGAUGCUGUGAAGGAGGAGUUGACGGAGUUGCUGUUGCAAGCAGGAGCGAAGCUGAACGCCAGAGAUCACCAGGGACACAUUCCACUUCAUCGUAGCAUCUUCACAGGCUCCAUCCGAGGUAGACAGUGUACACCUUGUAUCCGCCUACUGGUGGAGGCGGGCUCCAAACUGAAGCAAGAUACCUUUGCUCAUACAAGAACUUCACCAUUAUACUGGCUAUGUUCCAAAGGAGAUCUGAACAUUGCUCGCUACCUUGUCCAGUGUGGAUGGGAACUACAGUCCGAGUCCUGGAUCCGUUUUGCAGGGAAAACUCCAGAGCAGACCCACCUCCAUUAUCUGUUCCAGAUCCUCAACAAGUCUGUGCACUCACUGAAGAUCCUCUGUCGAGCAGUUGUGAGGGAAACGGUAUCAAUAUCAGUGGAUGACAGGGAAAUAGUAUCUCCCAUCUCUAGCCUCCCCUUACCUCUGGCAGUCAAGAACUUUCUCUGUCUGAGAACCUGUGAGGUUUCUGAGGAUGAUGUGUUGAUGAUGGAGAAUCAUUAGUUAGAUCAUUGCAAUUGUCUUUUUAACAAUCUCAUUAAAACCAGAUGUUUUAGUCGAUACGAUACCAGUUUGUAUUCGGACCUAAGGAUACCAUUUUGUCCGGAGUUGCCUCGUCAGGUGAUCUCUUUGAACAGCCAUUGAGUAUCAAGGUGUCGUAAUUGUUAGUACGAGUGAACAAAGUGUUCAUAAAAGCAUAUCUGAUUUCUGUAUCUCGAGAAGAAACAAACUGACCAGUUAGGAUCCUAUAUGACUAAAGGACCGUUCAUAAUUUAUGGCUAUAGUCUGUUUGCAGUGAAAAUGUACUGAUGAAUUUCACUUUAAAAAAC